AUAUCAAGAAAAUCACUCUCUGGCGACGCCUUUGCGAGCAUCUCUUGUAUCCGUGUUUUUUUGUGAAAUUGUGUAAAAUGUCGGCUGAAGUUGAUUUUGUAAACAAAAAGGAAAUGCAUUUACGCACUCUAAAGCAGUCGGGUCAUGUAGGAUUUGAUAGUUUGCCCGAUCAAUUGGUCAAUAAAAGCGUUCAAAACGGAUUCGUUUUCAACGUCAUGUGUAUAGGCGAGACCGGGCUUGGCAAAUCCACAUUGAUGGACACACUGUUCAACACCAGUUUCGAGUCCACGCCGAGCCCUCACACCUUACCCAGCGUUAAAUUGAAGGCUCACACUUACGAACUACAAGAGAGUAACGUUCGACUUAAGCUGACGAUUUGCGAUACUGUCGGAUAUGGAGAUCAGAUUAACAAGGAUGAUUCUUUCAAGGCAGUCGUCGACUACAUUGAUGCCCAGUUCGAGAAUUAUUUGCAGGAAGAGCUCAAGAUUAAGCGAUCACUUGUCACAUGUCAUGACAGUCGCAUACAUAUUUGCCUCUACUUUAUCUGUCCAACGGGACAUGGCUUGAAGUCCUUGGAUUUGGUCUGCAUGAAGAAGCUGGAUAGCAAGGUUAACAUUAUCCCAGUGAUUGCCAAAGCUGAUACUAUUUCCAAGGCGGAACUUCAACGAUUUAAGGCCAAGAUCAUCCAGGAACUCAAUAGCAAUGGCGUUCACAUCUAUCAGUUUCCUACUGACGACGAAACUGUUGCAGACACCAAUAGUUUGAUGAAUGCGCAUAUUCCCUUUGCUGUUGUUGGCAGCACCGAGUUUAUUAAGGUGGGCAAUAAACUCAUCCGUGCUCGUCAGUACCCCUGGGGUACUGUCCAAGUGGAGAACGAGACACAUUGCGAUUUUGUGAAGCUGCGAGAGAUGCUUAUUCGCACCAAUAUGGAAGAUAUGCGAGAGAAAACGCACACAAGACAUUACGAACUCUAUCGACAAAAGCGACUAGAGCAGAUGGGCUUCAGUGAUGUGGACAGCGAGAACAAGCCUGUCUCGUUCCAACAAACAUUCGAAGCCAAGCGCUCCAAUCAUCUGGCUGAAUUGCAGUCCAAGGAAGAGGAAGUGCGUCAGAUGUUUGUGCAGCGCGUUAAGGAAAAGGAGGCUGAGCUCAAGGACAGUGAGAAGGAUUUGCAUUUGAAGUUUGAGAAACUCAAGCGUGAUCAUGCUGAGGAAAAACGCAAACUUGAGGAAUCUCGCAAAGCGCUGGAAGAGGACUACAUCGAUUUCCAGAGGCGCAAGCAGCAGUUGGCUACAGCUCAUCAUACACUGACGCUGGGCAAGAGCAAGAAGAAGUAGACGACGCAUUGUAAAAUGUCUUUGAACAAUAUCUUCGAGUAUUUUGUGCGUUUUGCUUAUUCCAAAGUAAUUAUUGCUUUUUUCAUCUCGUUGUAUUUCAUUUAUGCUAUUAAGUUUACUUUAAAUAUUAACAUAUACACACCAACAUACAUACAUAAUACAUAUAUGUAUAAUUAUUUACAACUAACGAAUAAACGAACUUAGUAUUUUAAAAAUAAAAA